AUGCCUGGCCUUGCGCGGAAAAUCCUUAUUUCCGCCGCUGUUGAUGGGAUCAUUCUACAACCACUGGCGCAGAAGGGACAGCGCCCAGUACCUGCUACGAAGAUUGCAUACAAUAAUCACCACAUCGGGCCAGUGUUGAAAGAUGGAAGCGAGGGCGAGGGCGAGAGCGAGAGUGAGGGCGGUGGAAAGAACUUCGAGGCUUUUGGGAUCGUAGGUUUGUUGACAGUUUCUAAGUCCUCCUUUUUGGUAUCGAUUACGAGACGCCAGCAAGUGGCCCUGAUACAAGGCAAACCGAUCUUUUGCAUAACUGAAGUUGCCAUAACUCCACUAGCAUCGAGAGCGGAAGCCGCCGCAUCCAUCACCCAUACCCAGACAUCAUUACGAGGAAAAUUGGUCGAUAACCACAACACGGAUGACAGCGAUUCAGAGGCUGAAGAGGGAGAGAUAUCUGCUGCGGUUGGCGACGAUGUAGAUGACGAGGAUUUACAUCCAGCAGUCGUAGAUUCAAACCCCGCGGAACAUAAGAGGACGAGCAGUAUAGCGGAGGAUGUCAUCUCACGGAAGGGCGGCUAUGGCCGAUUUGCAAAGAAGUGGUUCUCGAAAAAGGGAUGGACAGCAGACCAACGACGGAACCUUGGAAUGACUGCGGCAACUCCAGAUGUUGACGACCCCUCGACUUCUCCAGUGCCAGUCAAUACAAGCCCUAUUGUCGAGAACAUCAUGAGCUCGAACCCAAGAGACCCGAAGCCUAAAGAUUCUGCUGCAAGCUUACUCCCAAAACUAUUACGGACAACUCAAAUCCUUUUCGGCUCAUCUCGGAGUUUUUAUUACUCAUACGACUAUGAUAUUACGAGGAGUUUCCUGAAUCGUCGAGCGACAAACUCUGAAAUCCCACUUCAUACUCAAGUCGACCCUCUAUAUUUUUGGAACAAGAACAUCAUGCAGCCUUUCAUUAAUGCAGGGCAAAGUUCAUUUGUCCUACCACUGAUGCAAGGAUUCGUCGGUCAACAGGAAUUCGAGAUGGAUACUGACCCUCCCAAACCAGUUCUCGGCCUUGAUGGAGCUGAAAAGUCUUCAAUGGAGAUGGUGAAUUUAUCCACAAUUCACGGGCUCCAUGAUACCGUGCAAGUUCCGGAUACCGAUGGAUGCUUAGAUAAGCCUAAAGACCCCCAGACCAAUCAUAGUAGCUCUAUGAAGUCUUAUCUGAUAACUCUGAUCUCUCGAAGAUCAGUGCAAAGAGCGGGUCUGAGAUACCUACGACGAGGGGUUGAUGAUGAAGGCCAUACAGCCAACGGAGUGGAAACCGAACAAAUCCUCUCUGAUCCUAAAUGGAACCCUUCCAGCAAGAUACACUCAUUUGUACAAAUUCGUGGCAGCAUUCCAGUCUUCUUCUCACAGUCGCCAUACUCAUUUAAACCCAUCCCUCAGAUACAGCAUUCCACCGAGACAAACUACCAAGCUUUUGUCAAACAUUUUAACAACAUUUCAGAUAGGUAUGGCUCAGUCCAGGUGGCUUCGUUGGUAGAAAAACAUGGACCUGAAGCCAUCGUCGGUGAACAAUACGAGAAGUUAGUUGCUCGUUUGAAUGAGUCGGGCGGAAUCAAGGGAUCGCCGUUAGCAUUUGAGUGGUUCGAUUUCCAUUCAGCCUGUCGAGGAAUGAAGUUUGAAAAUGUCAGCUUGCUUAUGGAUGCGCUUGCGAAGAAAUUAGACGCUUUUGGCUACACGGUUGAAUUGGAUGGCGCUCAGUUAUCGACACAAUGUGGAGUGCUAAGAACCAACUGCAUGGAUUGCCUUGACCGAACGAACGUAGUACAAAACUCGUUCGGGAAGAGAGCGCUGGAAUUGCAGCUCAAGACCGAGGGCAUUGAGCUUGGCCUCCAGCAAGACCAAACAACGCAGUGGUUCAAUACACUAUGGGCAGAUAAUGGCGAUGCUAUCUCAAAACAAUACGCAUCAACCGCUGCGCUCAAAGGCGACUUCACUCGGACAAGGAAAAGAGAUUAUAAGGGUGCCUUGACAGACAUGGGACUAUCCAUCUCUAGGUUCUAUAGCGGAAUCGUCAAUGAUUACUUUAGCCAAGCAGCAAUUGACUUUUUACUUGGCAAUGUCACAUCAGUUGUCUUUGAAGACUUUGAAACAUCUAUGAUGAGCCGUGACCCCGCGGUUUCUAUGCAUAAGAUGCGCCAACAAGCCAUUGAGGUAUGCCGGAAACUCGUUGUUGCAGACGAGCAUGAAGAGUUUAUAGGCGGCUGGACGCUUCUCACGCCGCAAGUCCCAAACACAAUCAAAUCGAUGCCAUUCGAAGAGUCCGUCUUACUGUUGACAGACUCGGGAUUAUACUCGUGUAGAUUUGAUUGGAACCUAGAGAAAGUGUCAUCCUUUGAGCGAGUGUCAUUGGAACAUGUUAUUGGCCUAAAGUAUGGGACGUUCAUCAUAUCUACGCUGUCUGCUUCGCAGGCCGACGAGCAGAGGAACGUCGGAUUUGUUGUCACGUACAAAGCUGGAGCGAAUGAUAUCACUAGAGUGAACACGCGGUCGAUGUCCAGCGUAUCACGCACAGAUACCGAUUUGCCUAAAGGAACUGCCACCCCACUGCCAACAUCAGGAUUGGCAGGUAUUUUAGGGAACUCUGGUCCAACGAUAACAACAAACCGGCUCUUGGCUUUGAAAGCUUUGCCAUCUCGAGAUGCGGUUGCGGAAGGGACUGAAAGCAGACUGACCGAGAUCGAGCAAGUGAAGGCGAUUUGCUCGGAGAUAGAGCGCAUGGUACUUCACGGCCAAGUGCUGGAAGUCGGCACGGAGAGAAAGAGCCUUGUCGAGAGUGGUGAUAUAAUCAGCUUAGCCGAAGCGCGAAAAAGUACUGGCUUGCUGGAGCAACUGGGCCACAGUUUUAAGAAAUUAAUAUGGGCAUAG